CAAAUGUCUAAAUCAAACACUGCUCUUUUUACCCCUAUCAAGGUUGGCAAGAACGAACUCAAGCACCGUGUCGUCCUUGCCCCUUUGACUCGUUUCAGAGCCAACGAAGACGGCACCGUUACCGACCUCCAAAAGGAAUACUAUGGUCAACGUGCCAGCGAAGGUGGUCUUUUAAUCAGUGAAGCUACUUUCAUCACUCGUGUUGCCGGCUCUUAUUACCGUGCUCCUGGUAUCUACACGAAGGAACAAAUUGAAACCUGGAAGAAGGUUACUGAUGAAGUCCACUCUAAGGGCGGCGUCAUCUUCCUUCAACUCUGGCACAUUGGUCGCGCUGCCAUGUCUGCCCAAAACUUAGGUCAACAACCUGUUUCUGCUUCUGAUAUUCCUAUCAAGGGCAUCAACCUUUUGGGUCAACCUUUAGAAAAGCCUCGUCCUCUUUCCAUUCCCGAAAUCAAGGGUGUCGUUAACGAUUAUCGCCAAGCUGCUCUCAAUGCCGUUGAAGCUGGAUUUGAUGGUGUAGAAAUACACUCCGCUAACGGUUACCUUCUCGAUCAAUUCCUUAACUCCAGCUCCAACAACCGUACUGAUAUCUACGGUGGUUCUCCUCAAAACCGCUGCAGAAUGUCUCUUGAGGUUGUUGAUGCCGUUGCUGGUGCUAUCGGCCCCGAACGUACUGCUAUCCGUUUGUCACCUUGGUCUGGUUUCCAAGAUGCUGAAGAUGAUACUCCCUACGAGACUUGGGGUCACCUUGUCAAGGAACUUCAAAAGAACCAACCUGAAUUGGCCUACGUCCACUUUAUCGAGCCUCGUGCUGAUUUCUGUAUUGAUCACUAUGAAAAGCCUGCUGAUACUCUUGAUCCUUUCCGUAACGAAUGGAAGGGCCCCUUCAUUGCCGGUGGCGGCUAUACUUACCACCCCGAAACUGCUUUCGAAGUUGCUGAAAAAACUGGUAGCUUGAUCUCCUUCGGCCGUGCUUUCAUCGCCAAUCCUGAUCUUCCCGAACGUCUUCGUAAUGGUUUGCCUCUAAACAAUUACGAUCGUGAUACUUUCUAUACCAAUGAACCCAAGGGUUACACUGAUUACCCCUUCUACAACGAUAAAGAAUAGAUUUUGUAUUAAUAAUGCCC